AACGAAUAUAGUCCUAAAGCCCUCUGCCUGUCUAAAACCCUAAUUCGGUGCAGGCGGCGCGGCAUCUACCCUAGCGAGUGCUCCACGCCCACGCAGCAAUGGAGUGCAGCCACGCGGAGCCGGAGGAGCGGCUAAGGUCCGAAGACGACGAGGAGGAGGAGGAGGAGGAGGAUUGUGAGGGGCAAGAUGGUUGGGACGACUGGUGCUCCGAUGGCGACGACACGGCCGCCGGGUUGCUGUGCCUAUUCUGCAGCUCGCGGUUCGACGCCGACAGCCCCCUCUUCUCGCACUGCGGCGCCGAGCACCGCUUCGAUUUUUGCAAGACUGUCAAGGAGCUCGGGCUGGAUUUCUACGGGCGCAUCAAGCUCAUCAAUUUCAUCCGCUCCAAGGUUGCGGAGGAUAAAUGCUGGAGCUGUGGCCAAGUUUGCUCUUGCAACAGCGAACUCUGCAGCCACUUGCAUGCUCAGGAGACUCACCAGAUUGAGGGAAAUUUUCCAUGGGAGGACGACGCGUACUUGAAACCUUUCAUGGAAGAUGACCCCCUUUUGCACAGUUUGUCCAUUGGCGAUGAUGAGGAUGAGGAUGAGGACUGUGGAAUGUCAAUGGAAAGAGGACAGUGGUCAGCAGGGAGUGGGGGUUUAGCUAAGCCAGGCGAGAACGAGCUGAGUACCAUAACUGAAGGAAAUGGUUCUGAUAUUAGUGCUAGAUUUGAGCAAGAGUGUACUAUUGGGAGGACUGAAGGGGAUGGCAGUGGGUCUCUUGCUCAGGAGCAGAAUGAUACACAGCUAAAGGUUGCACGUGCCAGUGUUAAUGCCAAGGCAAUUAAAAGUGUGGAUGAUAACUACUUUGGGUCUUAUAGCGCAUUUGGCAUUCAUAGAGAGAUGCUCGGAGAUAAGGUAAGAACGGAUGCUUACAGAGACGCCCUUUUAGACAAUCCUAGCCUGAUGAAUGGAGCAACUGUACUGGAUGUUGGUUGUGGCACAGGAAUUCUAAGUCUUUUUGCAGCCAAGGCUGGUGCUUCUAGAGUUGUUGCUGUUGAUGGGAGUGAAAAGAUGGUUUCUGUGGCUACCCAAGUUUCAAAGAAUAAUGGUCUGUUACAUGAUGAAAAUAAAGAAGUGGAGCAGAAGCGAAGUCCUCAAGUAAUAAACGUUGUACAUACCAAGGCUGAAGAGCUAAACCAUAAGAUACAAAUUCCCCCAAGUGGAUUUGAUGUGUUAGUGAGUGAAUGGAUGGGGUAUUGCCUGUUGUACGAAUCCAUGCUCAGUUCAGUUCUAUAUGCACGUGAUCAUUUUCUAAAACCUGGUGGCGCUAUUCUCCCGGAUACUGCAACCAUUCUUGGUGCUGGUUUUGGGAAAGGUGGAACUAGCUUGCUGUUUUGGGAAAAUGUAUAUGGCUUUGAUAUGUCAUGUAUUGGCAAAGAAGUAACUUCAACUUCAGCUCGAUUUCCUGUAGUUGAUGUAGUGUCUUCUCAGGAUAUUGUGACAGAGACUGCUGUACUCCAUUCCUUUGAUCUGGCAACUAUGAAAGAAACUGAGAUGGAUUUCACUGCAAGCUUUGAGCUGAGGCUCAGUGAAAGUGGUACAGUUGUACAUGGAGUAACCUGGUGCUAUGGCAUUGUCUUAUGGUUCGACACGGGAUUCACUGUCAGAUUCUGCAAGGAGAAGCCUGUCAUCCUCUCCACCUCUCCUUUCUCUACGCCAACUCACUGGUCGCAGACAAUCUUCACCUUUGAAGAGCCCAUCGCGAUGUCGAAGGAGGAAUCUCUUGGCUCAUCUGGAUCAGUUGGCACAGACGAGUGCCCAGCUAUGGUGAUCAGAUCCCGGAUAAGCAUUGUGAGGGCAUCUGAGCACCGUAGCAUAGACAUAUCAGUUGAAACCACAGCAAUCAGCUCAGAUGGCCGGAAGCGCAGCUGGCCUGUUCAGAUAUUCAAUUUGUGACCGAUCAUAUGCCCCUUUGGGCUUAAAUUUUGCCCCUUACCUACCAUCCUCUCUGCUAACUGCAAGUCUUGUUAGUGUUUGAUUGGGUUGCCAAGUUUUGCAUGCUGAAUGGAGCACUUUGUCCUACCGGAGUUUUGUAGAAUGAUGAUCGUGAGAGAAGGGAUCAGAUUGAAAGGUCUUCUGGAACAGUUACGGUGAAAAGGAAUCAUAUUCAGGCUGGCGUGUCCUAAAUGCAGCUGGGUGAUCUAGUCUUCUAGACGAGGUUGAAAGUGAACAGAAGGUAUUUUUAGUAGCGAUCAGGCCAGAUGCAUAUUCACACGCGACAUAUGAAUUCCACCAAUUCACUUUAAAUACUGGAAAAUGUUCACAUGCUUUUAACACCGACCGUUUUCCUAUAAUUAUUGGGGACUGGACGUUUAUAGUGCGGGAUGGUUGUCGUAUGUGGAGCACUCCCGUCGGCUUCACGCCACUGUCCACAAGUAAAAUCUAAAGAUGUGUACUGGCAGGAUUUCUGCUAAAAAGAGGCGCGAAUUUGAUGGUUUAGGUUUCCCUCUUCCU